AUGGAACUGUUUGAGAGCGAUUACUGGAAAGUAACGAUAUUCUUGCAAAAGUUCGUUGGAAUCUGGGUUUUUCAAACCAAAUGGAAAAGAUACGUGUCUCUGGUGUACGUCUACUCGUUCACUAUAUCGUUCAGCAUAUCGAUGGGUAUCAGACUCUACAACGAAAUUGGCGUAAACUUGAACAUUGUCGUGGAAAAUUUCAUCGGCGAGUUGUACCUGAGUAUCAUAUUUUUCAAAAUCACCAUGAGCAUCAUUGUUAGAAAGAGACUGAUGAUCCUACUGUCGGACAUAGCCCGAGAUUGGAAAGAAAAGUUCCUCGACCCGGAGGAUUUGAAGAUCAUGCACCACUACACCGAACUCGGUCGCCAGAGUGUAAUGCUGUAUUCGAGCUUCAUGAUAGCGUCGGUCGCGAUAUUCCUGACCUUUCCCGUGUCCAGUCCGAUACUGGAUGUCAUCGUGCCCCUGGAAAACGGCACUCGGCUGAGGAAUUUGCCCUACUACGCCGAGUACGGCAUCGACAUCCAAGAGCACUAUUAUCCCCUGCUCGGACAAGCCGUUUUCGGUGGCAUCGGUACCGUUGUCGUCCUCGUGUCGUUCGACCUCUGCUUCAUACUGAUAGUCCAGCACGUCAUUGGACUGUUUGCUCUUGUCAACCACCGUUUCAACAAAGUAGCUGCACUGUCGGAGAAAAUUGAAGAUGGUUUCGUCCCUCGCGAGGAGGCCGAUCGUUUGUCUUAUCAUUUGACAGUGAGUGCCAUUGAGUUGCACACAACGGUGAUGAAGUACAUCGACCUCAUCGAAGAAUCGUACAACUUCUCUUGGCUGGGGGUGCUGUUCCAAAACAUGGUCAUGCUGGGGGGUGGAUUGGCCACGACCGUCAUGAAGUUGGAUCAGCCUAUCGAAAUGUUCCGGUAUUUGGCCGUGAUGUGUGCCAUUCUUAUACACUUUUACUACGUUUUCCUUCCGGGACAAAAAAUCAUCGACAGCAGCGAAGAAGUGUUUGAAACUUGUUACGCCUGCAAAUGGUACAACUUGUCGCUAAAGACCAACAGUUUGGUAAAGAUCGUCAUGAUCAGGAGUUUGAGACGUUGCGAGUUAACCGGAGGAAAGAUGUUUACUCUAAGCAUGGAUACCUACUGCAACAUGAUGAAAACUGGGCUGUCCGUAUUUACGGUGCUUAAUUCAUGA